AUGGGCAUCAACAAACUUCUUGCGGCGUCCGCCAUGGUCGGCUGCUCUCUCGGAGCUGCCAUCAACGACACUACUCGAACCCUCGAGCUCGCCCCUCAGUAUUUCAAUGGCACUGUCUCCGUCGAGCACCUCUCUGUGGCUGGCAACCUCGAUGGCUUCAAGAUGCUGACGCCGGCUGCGCGAAAGUCUGCCGACUUUUGGUACUUCGAUGUCUUCUCCAAGGCCACCAACCAGACUCUCAACAUUGUCUUCUUCAACACUGGCGAAUUCCAGCAAUACCCUCACCCUCUCGCUAUUCAAGUUUCUGGUGUCUAUGCCAACGGCACGGACUUCUACUAUGAAGCUUUGGCUGACUCGGGCGUCACCCUCACCAAUGGACCUAAGGGUAUCACUGGUGACUGGAAGGGAGUUGGCAACUUCGAUGGUUCCGCUUUGGACAAGCCUGAUGUUGAAUACCACAUCAACAUUGACUCUUCCGUCAUGGAUAUCAAGGGUAACAUUACCUUCAAAUCCACCGCACCCGCCCACUACCCCUGCGACCUCAACGGCGCUGUUGGUGCCAACCAGAACCUCCUCCCUGGACUUUACUGGGCCAACGCAGUUCCCGACGCCGACACGACCGUCGACCUCACAGUCAAGGACACCGCUAUCAGCUUCACCGAUGGAGUAGGAUACCAUGACAAGAACUGGGGAAACCAGUCCAUCAUCGACGGCCCCCGCUACUGGGACUGGGGUCACGGCCGCUUUGGACCUUACUCAGUCCUCUGGUACAACCUCCUCGACUACAACGGCAACGAGAGCCGCCGCUCUUACGUCGUCAAGGAUGGCGAGGUGCUCUUGGUCAGCUGCAGCCUUGAUAGCAUGGUCGUCCGCCAGAAGGGAGACAAGGCUGCUUGGCCUCCUGUCACUGGUCUGCUCGAGACCGAGGGCAUCACGGUCAACUACACACUGCCAACCGGCGAAACCUUGGCGCUGGACAUCACCACUGAGCUUAUCGUCAGGGAUGAGAAGGGCGCUUACCAGCGCGCUAAUGGUCUUAUCAAGGGUGGCAUUGUUGGCCAAGAGACCUUUGAGGGCCGUGGUCACUACGAGGAGUUCAUCUUCGGCAUCGUCAACGACUAUACUCCUCAGUUCUAA